CGUCGUUGCCUAGAUCUCUCUAUCGUUCUCCAGGCAGUGCGCACGCCCAGUUGGGGAUGAGGAAAACAAACGGAAAGGAACAGGGCUGGUAAAUGGGCAAUUGUGUUUUGUAAAGUAGUAACGUUAAAUCACGACAGCUACUGUGACAACAUCGAUUUUAGACAUUUGGAUUUUGUAGCUGAGUCGUGGGGUUCCAACGACGCCCAUAUCAAUUAACAGAAAUGCCGAGCAACAAGACAGAUAAAGCCGAGAGGUCGGAGGUGAUGGACAAUGUCAAGGUGGUGGUGCGAUGCAGGCCCCUCAACCAGAAAGAGAAAAUGAUGGGACACAGACUGGCUGUCUCCGUGGAUGAGAUGCGGGGGACUAUAACGGUGAACAAACAAGAAACGUCAAACGAGCCGCCCAAAACAUUCACCUUCGACACAGUGUUUGGACCCGAAAGCAAGCAGCUAGAUGUCUACAAUUUGACAGCGAGGCCUAUUGUGGACUCUGUACUGGAGGGUUACAAUGGAACAAUAUUUGCAUAUGGUCAGACAGGCACAGGUAAAACGUUCACAAUGGAAGGUGUUCGAGCUGUGCCAGAGCUCCGAGGAAUAAUUCCAAAUUCUUUCGCUCAUGUCUUUGGCCACAUAGCAAAAGCUGAGGGCGACACCAGGUUCUUAGUCAGAGUUUCCUAUCUGGAGAUCUACAAUGAAGAAGUGCGAGACCUGUUAGGCAAAGACCAAAUGCAGAGAUUGGAGGUGAAAGAGAGACCGGAUGUAGGGGUGUACAUCAAAGAUCUCUCUGGUUAUGUGGUGAACAACGCAGAUGACAUGGACAGAAUUAUGACCCUUGGACACAAGAACCGUUCGGUGGGGGCGACCAACAUGAAUGAGCACAGCUCCCGCUCCCACGCCAUCUUCACCAUCACCAUCGAGUGCAGCGAGAAGGGUGUGGACGGCGACCAGCAUGUCCGCAUGGGCAAACUGCACCUGGUGGAUCUCGCGGGGUCAGAGAGGCAGGGCAAGACGGGGGCCACGGGGCAGCGCCUGAAGGAGGCCACCAAGAUCAACCUGUCCCUCUCCACCCUGGGGAACGUCAUCUCGGCUCUGGUAGACGGCAAGAGCACCCACGUCCCCUACAGGAACUCAAAGCUCACCCGCCUGCUUCAGGACUCCCUGGGGGGCAACUCCAAAACCAUGAUGUGUGCAAAUAUUGGGCCAGCAGAUUACAACUACGAUGAGACCAUUAGCACCCUGCGCUAUGCUAACCGUGCUAAGAACAUCAAGAAUAAAGCUCGCAUCAACGAAGAUCCCAAGGACGCUCUUCUGCGGCAGUUCCAGAAGGAGAUUGAAGACCUCAAAAAGAAGCUGGAAGAGGGAGAGGAGAUCUCUGGCUCGGAGGGCAGUGGGUCUGAGGAGAUGGAUGAAGGUGAAGACGAAGCCGGAGAGGGGGGAGAGCGACGGCGCAAACGCAGAGGCAGUGACGGCAGCAGCAGCAGCAGUGGCAGCAGCUCUUACUCUGCCUGCUCACUAGCGCCCCUCAUUGACGACAAGCCCCCGACUAACCAAAGAGGCAAGAAGAAGGUGUCUCCAGAUAAGAUGGUGGAGAUGCAGGCUAAGAUCGAGGAGGAGCGACGGGCCCUGGAGGCCAAGCUGGACAUGGAGGAGGAAGAGAGGAACAAGGCCCGCGCUGAGCUGGAGAAGAGAGAGAAGGACCUGCAGAAAGCCCAGCAGGAGCACCACCUGCUGCUGGAGAAGCUGUCGGCGCUGGAGAAGAAGGUGAUUGUGGGCGGUGUGGACCUGCUGGCCAAGGCCGAGGAGCAGGAGAAGCUGCUGGAGGAGUCCAACAACGAGCUGGAGGAGCGCCGCAAGAGAGCUGAGCAGCUGCGCCGUGAGCUGGAGGAAAAGGAGCAAGAGCGUCUGGACAUUGAGGAGAAGUACACCAGCCUCCAGGAGGAAGCUCAGGGCAAGACAAAGAAGCUGAAGAAGGUCUGGACCAUGCUGAUGGCGGCCAAGUCCGAGAUGGCUGACCUUCAGCAAGAGCACCACCGCGAGAUCGAGGGCCUGCUGGAGAAUAUUCGCCACCUGAGCCGUGAGCUCCGGCUGCAGAUGCUCAUCAUAGACAACUUCAUCCCCCAGGAGUACCAGGAGAUGAUUGAGAACUACGUGCACUGGAACGAAGACAUCGGCGAGUGGCAGCUGAAAUGUGUGGCGUACACUGGCAACAACAUGCGCAAACAGAGCCCAGUGUCUGAUAAGAAGGAGAAAGAUCCCUUUGAGGUGGACCUGUCUCACGUGUAUCUGGCCUACACAGAGGAGAGCAUGAGGCAGUCCCUUAUGAAACUGGAGAGGCCCAGGACCUCCAAGAGUGGCAAAUCCCGGCCUAAAACAGGACGCAGGAAGCGUUCAUCCAAGCCAGAGGCCGUGAUUGAAUCCCUCCUGCAGUAGGCGAGAGCGAGUCGGAAGCGCUCGGUGUAGAUCUGGAGGCGGGGAGCCCCCUAGGAAGAGUACUAAUCUAUCGUCAAACCUAAAGAGCUACCCACGGAGAGGGUGAAAAUGGCCAAGUGUUUCAAAAACUCUCUCCCAAGUGAUGUGCAAAAUAUAACAUUUCAGGAAAGAAGUCUUAAACAUUUGUACUCAUGUAUAACUCCAGACAGUGGAGCAGCUGUGGUGUGUGUUUUAGAUGGAUGGGAAAAGGGGGGCGAGGGUUCCGGAGGCCUGUAAUAAAUGUUCUAUUGUAAUUUGCUCUGCUUUUCUGAAAACACAAGUUUGAUCUAUCCAGUUAGGGAUUCAUUACAAGUAUGUCUGGACAUUUCAGUGAAAUAAGCAAGGUUGCUAAAGGAAGCAGUUUGUUUUUGUUUAAUCAGGUCAUGAAGCUUGAAAGGAAACAUUCACACUAAAAAUGUGCCCAUGAUUUCAUCUGGAUGGCAGUGACAGGGAUGGAGGAUAUCAUGAGUUAGAAUUCAAGGAAUUGAAAUAUGUUGAUAUACAACUCUAGAGGAAUCAUAGGUGAUGGUGUCACUGGAUGCGUGUGCAAUGAACUUGGAGCCUUUUACCAGACAUGGCAGUGAGUGUGCGCUUUGUACAUUUAUUUGUAUUUGUCUUUUAGGGGAAGGGGUGUGUGGGUGUGUUGGAGGUUAAUGAAAAAGAUUUGCAUGCUAGAACACCAUACCCCCCCUUCCCCCUUCCACUUUUCUGUAGUGCCAUACAACACUAGGUCAUUUUCAAAAUGCACUGUCAAGAACUGCUUGAUGUCUUUUUAUUUUGUAUUAUAUUUCAAAAUGUUUACAUGUCGUGUGCUUUCAUCUAAUGUAUAUCUGUUAAUUUAUUAAAUUAUUUUACUGAUUUA